AUGCCCGACAACGCCAAAUUCGAACCCCCGACCGGCCCUCCCCCAAAUUCAGCACCGACCGUCCCUCCGCGAGUACAUCACGACGCUGGCCCGUACUACCCGCCCGAUGCACCGGUAGACAACACACGCGGUCCCGUCCCUCAGUCCUACCCUCCCGCACAAGAUCCCAACGGUGGCUACGUCCCGCCGCAGGGCUGGAAUCAAGGUCCCCCGGGUCCAGGUCCCUGGCCGCCGCAAGGUCCGCCUGGCCAACAACCACCAUAUGGAUACUACGGUCCACCACAACCGGGCAUGUAUUAUCAACCAGGACCACCGCCUGUGGGAUACUAUGAUAGAUCACCGGAUCAGGCCGCGGCGGAUGGGUGCUGUGCGGCAUUCCUGGCUGCUCUGACUUGUUGUUGCUGUCUGGACAUUUUGUUCUAA